ACCAAGUGUCGUCCCAAUAUGACAACUUGCAAACCCAAUACACAAAAAACAAAAUACUCGAAAUUAUUGUUAUUGCUAGACAGAAGAGUUGAAAAACAAAAGAAAAGCCUAACCUCAAUCUCUUGUUCUAGUUCUUAAUCUUGUUGUUCUACUAUGGAGGAAGAAAGCACUUCAGCGGAAUCCAAUCCUUCUUCGAGCGACCGCAUCAAACUAAACGUGGGCGGAAAGCUCUUCGAGACGACGUUCUCCACGCUCCGUUCUGGCGGCCCGGACUCGCUCCUCUUCGCGCUCUCGAACCGCCGAUCCGCCGACCCGAGCCCCGUCUUCAUCGACCGCGACCCGGAGAUCUUCUCCGUCCUCCUCUCCCUCCUCCGCACCUCCCACCUUCCCUCCGCCGCGCGCCGCUUCUCCAAGCACGAGCUCGCCGACGAGGCCCUCUUCUACGGCAUCGACUCCCACCUCCGGGCGGCCGCUGCCCCUCCCCCCUUCUCUGGCAUCGACGCGGCCCUCUCCGCUUCCCUCCGCCCCGCCUCGGAGGGCCUCCCCUCCUCUUUCGUCGCCUCCCCCUCCGGCGGCGUCUGGAUCGCCCACGGCGGCCAAAUCUCCUGCUACGAUCCCAUCCUCACCCAUGCCGCCACCGUCCGCACGCACCUCGACGAAAUCGACUCCAUCUGCAGAGUCUGGCCCGAGAUCGCCGCCGUCGGGUCCAAAUCCGACACCGGCCUCCACUUCUACAACUUCUCCGGCAGCCGCCACGUUGGAUCCGUCCACUGGACCGAUCCGCUCGAUCCUCGAAUCUUCAAAGCCAGCGUCAACGCCAUAACAAGCUCCUCAAACUCCGUUUUCGCUUCGUUCGAUUGUCCGCACAGAGAGAAUUGCAUAAUCGAAGUCGAUAAGGAGAAGCUUCUGAUCGCGAAUCAGUUCGCUCGGCAAUCAGGGAACCAGGCGAAGAACAUGGUUCCCCGAAAGCUGACGUGGAUUCCGGCGACCGGAGUUCUCGUCGGAAGCGCGGUCACCGGCGGCGCGUUCGGUUACUCCGGCUACGUCCGGUUGUGGGACCCGAGAUCCGGGGACGUGGUCUGGGAGACAAACGAGCCUGGUGGUUCGGGACGGAGCAGCAGGUUUGGGGAUUCGUUUGCUGACGUGGAGGCGGACGUGGAAGGGUUGUUGCUGUUCAAGCUGUGUUCUAAGUCCGGGGAUUUGGCUAUGGCGGAUAUGCGGUUUUUGAAGGACGAUCCUUGGGUUUAUAUGAAAGAGAAGAACCCUAGUUUGGUGAGUUGUGGUGAAGUGAGGAAUAGUGUGGUGCAUUGUUAUAGGGGGCAAGUGUUUGUGGCUAGAGAAGGAGCAUUGGAGGUUUGGUCAAGGGCGGAACAAAGGGAAAAUAGUGAGGGAAAUGCUGAAGGGUUUUUUAGGAGGAAUUUUGUGGAUAAGAGGGAGGAUUCAGAGAGAGGGGUUAUAAAGAAGAUUGAAGGUGGUGGGGAUAGGUUGUUUGUUAGUAGGGAAGAUGUUGAGGGUAUUGAAGUGUGGGAGAGUUCUCAUUCUGCAGGAGCAAUUUCUGUUUUGUGACAGUGAGCCAAAUUUUUAGUUAGCUAGGAUUUCAGCAUUACACGAAUAAAAUGUAAUUUUUUUUUAUAAGCGAUGAAUAAACCAUGACUUCAUGCAACUUUGAUACUAGUGUAUAGACAAAUGCCUCACUGAACUUUCUUUGCCUUCAAAACAUGGGGCAGUAUUUGCUGCAUUUUGUUAACUAUGUAUGCCAUCUUAAUAUAUUAUACUUUUGUUAAAUCCA